UCAGAUCUUUUUCGGUUCAGCCAGGGUUUGGUCGGGAACUCUCAUAGCGAUCAUCAUGGCUUGCUCCAGUUCUGUACAGAUUCUCGGAUUUCUACUGCUUUUUGCAAUUCUUCUGCAAACCAUAGCUGUGGCUGUCACUUUUAUAUACUUCACCAACGCCUUGACUACGCUGAAGGAAACAUUUUCCAAGAGCAGUAUUUCCUGCCUGGGGAAAUCCAACUCCAUCCGGGAGCUGUUGGGAGACAUUGAAGCAGAGAACGAGGACGACCCCUGCUGGCAGGUCACGCAACAGCUCCACCUUUUAAUAGAAAAGACCAUGUCAAAUCGCUAUCGGAAAGAAAUAUCUUCUGUUGUAAAAGAUGAAGUGUCCCGAGUUAUUCCAUCCCUCUCCACUGAAAUCCAAGGAUCUCCACGCCCUGAGAUAGCAGCUCACCUCACUGGGAAUUUCAUGAGCAAUGAACAAAAAGCAGGAAGUGCAAUGAUUAGGAGAGUCAAAGGUCAAAAGAUUCAGACCUGGGAAUCUAAGAAAGGCCUGGCAUUCCUGCACAAUCUGCAGUUCAAGAACGGCGAGCUGAUUGUUCCUAGAACUGGACUGUACCACAUCUACUCCCAGACCUAUUUCCGACACACAGCGCCCUCUGAUGGCUCUGAAGUGUUUCAGAGAUCCGUAAGGAACAAACAGAUGCUGCAGUACAUUUACAAAGUAACCUCUUAUCCCGACCCCAUACUCUUAAUGAAAAAUGCAAGGACAACAUGCUGGUCCAAAAACACAGAGUACGGGCUGUAUUCAAUCUACCAAGCCGGAGUGUUUGAACUGAAAGCUAAUGACAGAGUUUUUGUCACAGUCAGUAACAUCAGUGUAGUAGACAUGGAUGAAGAGUCGAGUUUCUUUGGGGCCUUUUUGGUCAGCUAAAGGAAAUGAAUAUUGGGUAGGGGUCUCGACUCUUACUACAUUUCUAUAUAUCAUACCCCAUUUACUGGGGUGUGCUGUCAAUACCUGCAAACACUUGAAGAAGAGUUUGUGAGGGCACCAUUCUACAGAGCUGCCUUUGUGCUAGAGUCGUGCGUUCUCUAUGCAGGCAAGAUUAACCCAGCUGUGCAGAGAAGCCUCAGGGCUCCGUCGCACACAGCAGAGGGUGGAUCAGGGCUGGUCUUGGUGGUUUUCCUGCCCUCAAAUAGAAAGACGUAGAAAGCUAAUACAGGUCCUACCUCACAUGUGUGGGUCUUUUAAGAAUCUAUUCAGGAACUUUGGCAAGUGUUGUCUGAAAGAAUUAGUGUCCACAAUGCAUUCUAGUAUGUUUUACCUGUCUUGGGUACCUUUCACAGCAGGACUGCGCUUACCAGAAUGCAUUGGGGUGUGAGUUGAAAAGUCUGAACUGAACAAACUGCUCAAGUGUACAUGGAGUCAUAUGGCAGCCCUAGUCCAGGGUUAACCCAGCUUAGAUUCCUAUACUAGGAAUUCUAGUCUGAUGGUGCUUCAUGAACUAAUGUUAACACUACGUGCCCUUUUUUUUAAAGCAACAAAAGCCCUGAAAGGAAUCAUGCAUCAUCUAUUCAUUGAUCAGUGUUCAUAGAGAAGGCUGCUUUACAAGGCCUGAGAGAGAGAGAGAGAGAGAGAGAGAGAGAGAGAGAGAGAGAGAGAGAAUUAUCACAUCCUCACUCCCCUCCCCCUUCACUCUAUUUUAUUUACUAAUGUAAAUUGCCAUUUUAGUCUGGCCUACCAGGAAGUUUGCGAGUUGGUCUGUGUUUUUUUUUUUUUUCUCCCUGUAACUGCUACAGAAAAUAAAAAACUGGUAUUAAAAAUCAGAUUAAUACCAGAAAAAAAGACUAGCUAAAAGACUAAACAUGGGUGCUAAACAGGAGCAUGUACUGAAACCAUGAAACACAGAAACACAGUUGCUCUCUGAGCACAGAACGGACAGGAAUCAGGCACACUGGGGUUAAUAAUAUUAAUAAAAUAAUUAACAGCCACAAUAGUGUGCAACACCCUCCACUGCAGAUCGCCAGCUCUUUUAUUGAGGGGGGGUUUGUACAAGCUGUUCCAGGCAGGCACUAUUUUCUCUUCUCCCAGCCUAGCCCUCCAGGACGUGUCAGGGAGUGUAGUGAGCUGAGGUUGGUGCUGCACCUGAACACAGGCUCUGUACAGGGCUUUUCCCUCCGUUGAGAGAGAGAGAGAAUUUAAUAUAUUCAGUAUUAGCAAAAUAGUGGGUUUCAUCCCACAUGUUGCACUUUCUGUAUAUUUUUGUAUUUUUGUAUUGUAUAUAUUUUGUAUAUUAGGAUGUCAAAAAAUGCUAUUGUCUCACUGGCACAUGGCAUAACGGUCUUAGCAAUGGUAAGUAAUAAGGAAUGCUUAUAGGGUAACUUAACCCUAAGUACCAAAUAUAUUUUUCUUUGAUAAAAUCAGAACGCAAGCUGUAUUUAUGUAAUUUGAUACAUUGCAUUUAGACGUAACUUUUGCGGUUUAUAAAAUGAGAGUAAGCUAUCCUAACAAUAUAGUUAGAGGAAAUUAAAAUACUAGGUAGAGGCCAGUAAAAAUGCUACAAAUAAUUAAAAGUUAAAGGCUUUCUAAAUCUUCUCAAUUAAAGGCAAUACAAUAAAAAAUAUAUUGCAAACA